CUCGACCGCGGUGCGUUUCUCUCACGCCUCUCUUUCUUUCGUGUCGCCCACUCCUCCUCCUCCUCGAGCACAGGGUGGCUGAUCAAAUACGACGCAGUGGGACUCAGAUACGGUACAUUUAAUCUCAUAAACCCUCUCUCGCGCAUCCCGUUGCACCUCCGUCCUCGCAAAAGCUUCAACCUUUCCAGAUUCAAAGUCUCCGAGAUUCAACAAGCUUAUAUGGUUGAAAACCGGAGUGUGGAAAAAGAGACUGUAGGGUUCAGAAGAUUGGUACUUAAUGGAGACCAACAAAUCAUCGGAGUCGGGUGCGACUGGAAACUCAGGUAUUGGAAUGGAGAAAUGUGGACCAGAGUCAAAGACCAGGUGGCUCAGUUCUGUGAUGUUAUAGUUGACAGCAAAGGGCUAACGUAUGGACCUUUACUGGAUGAGGACAUCACUAUACGUUGUUUGAAUGUCAGAAGCUUAGUGGAAUGUUGCGAAGAGUUUUACAUUGUUGAUCGCAUCUUUAAAAAUUCUGGGACAGUUCGUUCCUUUUAUGGAACAUCUGAUCCUAACAAAAUCUCUGCAAUAUACGAUGAUGUCGGGAUCUCCAGGCGAGGGUUAUCGGAAAGAAGGUUCUGUCCCAAAACGUUUGGUUUCAAGGUUUACAAGGUGGAUGAGGAAUCGUUGAAAUGGGUAGAAGUUAAGUCCUUGGGAGACAAUGCGAUUGUGAUUGCUACCGAUACUUGUUUC